AAGAGAGUGGACUUUUCUGCUGGUGAGCCCCCCACGGAAGGGUCCAGAAAUGGGCUCCAAAGGAGUAGAGAGGCGAAGGCAGGCUACCCCUGCCCAAACUCCGGAGGGGAACGUGGUGAUGAGUUUUAGUUUUGAAAGCUACCAGCUGGAGGAAGAGGACUGCCAAGGCAAAGACAUCUCAGAGAAAGGUGUACUGGCCCUGUCAGAGCCUGCCUUCGAGGAGCCCGUUCCAGACGACCGAUAUCAUGGGAUCUACUUUGCUAUGCUCCUGGCUGGAGUUGGCUUCCUGCUCCCUUACAAUAGCUUCAUCACUGAUGUGGACUACCUGCACCAGAAAUUCCAGGGAACAUCAAUAGUUUUUGAUAUGAAUCUCACAUACAUUCUGGUGGCCCUGGUUGCUGUAAUACUGAACAAUGUCUUAGUGGAGAUGCUGAGCCUACACACCAGGAUCACUGUGGGUUACCUCUUCGCUCUCGGUCCGCUGCUCUUUGUCAGUAUCUUUGAUGUAUGGCUGGAGGAAUUCACCAGCAAACAGGCCUAUAUCAUUAAUCUGGUCUCUGUGGGUGUCGUGGCAUUUGGAUGUACAGUGCAGCAGUCCAGUUUCUAUGGCUACAUGGGGAUGCUUCCCAGAAGAUACACACAGGGAGUAAUGACAGGAGAGAGCACAGCAGGGGUGAUCAUCUCGCUUAGUCGCAUCUUCACUAAACUGCUGAUUAAGAACGAGAGGAAGAACACCAUCAUCUUCUUCCUCAUUUCCAUCGCCAUAGAGCUGAUGUGCUUCGUGCUGCACAUGCUGGUGCGCGGAAGUCGCUUCGUUAAAUACUACACCAGUCUCGCUCGCCAGGGCCUGACUGACGCCAAAGGUCACACUCACCAUGGCAACCACUACCAAGUCCACCAUGACGUCAUCACAGAGGAAGUAAGAUUUGGCAAUGGUGUGGUGGGUGUGUCCCCUGCUGAAGACGGCACGACUGAGGCUGAAUAUGCAGGCAGUAACACGUACGUUAGAUUUGAUGUCCCCAAACCAAAAGUAAAGAGGAACUGGCCCGGAAUUAGAGAUAUGAUCCUGCACCGGUACGUGGUUUCUCGUGUGAUCUGGGCCCACAUGUUGUCCAUUAAGGUCACCUACUUCAUCACCCUGUGCCUGUUCCCGGGCCUGGUCUCUGAGAUUCGGAACGACACACUAGGAGAAUGGCUUCCAAUUCUCAUCAUGACUAUCUUCAAUAUGUCAGACUUUGUGGGCAAAAUCUUGGCUGCUCUGCCGUAUGACUGGAACGGGUUGUAUCUUCUCUUCUUUUCGUGUGUGCGGGUGGUCUUCAUCCCCCUCUUCGUCAUGUGUGUGUACCCCGCCCAGGAGCCCAUCCUCGGUCACCCUGCCUGGCCCUGCGUCUUCUCUCUUCUCCUGGGCAUCAGUAAUGGCUACUUUGGCAGCGUGCCUAUGAUUCAGGCCGCGGGCAAAGUGGCUCCAGAGCAGAGGGAACUAGCAGGAAACACUAUGACGGUGUCUUACAUGGCUGGACUCAUGCUAGGUUCUGUUGUUGCUAAGGCUGCCUUCACUUUCACUGCCCAAGGCCCCAGCCUCAACCCAGGGGCAGCCAACAACUUCACCCUGGGGUAUUAA